UUAUUCUGUGUUUUACUGUGAAGCACUUUGUGAUUUUUAUCUUGAAAGGUGCUAUGUAAAAAUAUUAUUAUUGUUAAAUAUGGAGACAAAUGUAAAAACUAGAUAGAUUUAGGAUCUGUAUCUUGAUGACAAAAUUGUAUUUCCUCACCAAGCCACCUUCAAUGUAGAAAUUUGUGGGCGACAACGAGGUUUAGUUUACUUAAAAAAUGAACAACCUAAUUACACUAUUUUUGUAAAUAAUUGUUUUCUAUCUGAGUGACUUGGUUGGUGUUUUUUUUUUCUUAAAUGUCCUCUAUUAAAAAAAAAUGGAGGGGGGAACUAAAAAGGGUGGGUUCAUGUUUCUGGCAAGUUCCGCCAUUCGCAUUUCCGGUGCCGCCAAGAGGCUGCCCCUAUGGACCAACCGUUUCCAUAGCGACGAGCACACAGAGCGGCAGGUUUGAGCGAGAGGACUUAAUUUAACCUAAUAAAAACGAGUGUUUGCGUUUAAAGUGACUUCGUAUUUGGUCAAAAGUUUUUUUUUAUUAUUAUGGUUGAGUGACCUGUAAAAAGUGGUGCGCUUUAUAUUUUUACUGGGAGUAAAAGAAAGAAAGUAAGAAAUAAGAACCCCGGUCAGGAUACCGUCUUUGUCGCGGACUAAUAACAAAAUGGACGAAGAAGACAUUAAAACAGUCCGGCAGUUGUUGAUAAACUGCGUCUGCAUGUCGGAUCUAACGGAGGAUCAGUGGGUGGAGGAGAAGGUUCUGGUUCUGGACAGGUUUGCUGUGGACCCCUCCAUCCCUGCUGUGGUGAUCUAUAUGGACAGUUCAUCCGAACUGCAGGUGGACUACAACCCGCCGUCACUGGAGUUAAAGGAGGUUUGCUAUUUUAUCCGCACGCCAGGAGCCAUAAUCACUGAAGACACUUUCAACUCCGCCGUCCAGUGUUGUAAAAGGAGGAGCAACCUGGUCCAGGGGCUGCUGAACGACUUGUGUUUGCACGGCCACUCGCUUCACCUCAGCGCCUUCAGAGACCAGGCCAUCCAGGACAGCUACAUGAAGAGCGUGCACGAGGUCACUGCAGCCGUCACAGAUGACUUUCAUAAGAGGUCAGGGGAGACGGUUCUCUACAUCCCAGUGGAAGGCCUGGCGUGUUCUCCAAAGGAGGCGGACGGGAAGAAAAAGCUCGUGCAGAGAAUGGAGAUGGUCAUGACGCGCUGGAUCGAUCAGAUCCGGGAGGCCCUGAACGACCAGGACACGGCGGAGAGGAGGGACGAGUGCGGUCCGCUUCAGGAGAUCGCCUUCUGGAAGAGCCGCUCCUCCAAGCUGGCCCGCAUCCACCUGCAGCUGCAGGAGCCGGGAGUCCACCACAUCCAGGACAUCCUGCUGCGGGCCAAGUCCAAAAGAAAGGACAAGUUCAGCCUGCUGGCCCGAGAGUUAGAGGAACACUCCAAACAAGCGGACUCCAACCUGACCUUCCUGUCCGUGCUGAAGAAGCCCUGCGAGGAACUCUCCCGGCUCAACCCCGGCGAGGUCGCCCCGACGCUGGAGCGCAUCAUUUCCCUCGUUUGCAUCAUCUGGUGGAACUCCCCGUACUAUCACGCAGAGCAAAUCGCCGGGCUCUUCAGUCAGGUGAGCAACGACAUCAUUCGGCUGUGCAGCCGCAGCAUCUCACUGGAAAGGAUUUUCCGAGGUUUCGUGCUGUCGAGCAAGAAGGACCUCAGCGACUGCAUCCAGUGCUGCCAGAUCUGGAAGCAGAGCUACGAGGACGCCAAGACGCUCCACCAAAAGUAUUCAGACAGAGAGUGGAUCCUGGACGAGCCGGUCUUCAUAAACUUGGUUGAUAUUUUCAUUAGGAGGCUCAGAGAUCUGCUGGAGGUUUGUGAUUGUCAGCACAAGUUUGGACGCUGGGAGGACGGUCAGCAGAGAGAGCUGCCGUGUUUUCGAGGUCUGAGCGGACUGGAGUUCACCAAAACUCUGCUGCAAAUCGAGAGCAGCUUCCACGGCAGCCUGAAGGGCCUGGAGAGUGUGGGCAAAGACAUCCUGAACAUCAAAACCUUCACGUGGAGCAAAGCAUUCAGCAGAUUCGUCACCUUUAUGAGGGAACUGGAGAUGAAGAUGCGGAACCUGAUGAGCUCAGUGUUUGAGACUGUGACAACCGUUCAGGAUGGAGUCCGAGUCCUGGACAGUUUUAGGCCUUUCUUAGUCUAUGAGGCGUUCAACAACUUCUUGCAGGAGAAAGCAGAACAAGUUUACAGCCUGUUUAGAGAACAGCUUCGACUGGUGAACAAAGAGCUGAGCCAGAGGAAGCUGUCCUGUCCCGAUCACAUGUCGAGGACAAUAGGGCAGGUGGUUUGGGCGAAGAACCACAGACGGCUCUUAGAUGAACACUAUAAGGUGCUUCAGAAGGCCUCCUUUCUGCACGACUCAGAGAGCCUCAAGCAGGUGGUGUCCUCCUACAGCCAGACCGUCCUGGGUUUGGACGAGGUGGUGAGGAAGAGCUUCAUCGAGUGGAGCCAGAAGGUGAACGCGCAGUACGCCAAAAUGCUGGGGCAGCCGCUGCUCGUCUACCGGAGGGGAGAUCCGGCUCAGCUGCAGACAAACUUUGAAGAAAGUCUGUUGACUCUGUUCUCUGAGAUCCAGUUCUGGGAGCAGCAGAGGAAGGAGAUCCCUCAGUCUCUGGAGGGGAUUUACCAGAGAAGGGAAGACAUCCGGGUCCUGAGGGAGAGCGUCCUACACCUCACGAGGGAGUACAACAGGAGAGCAGAGAUGCUGUCGGCUCAUGAGCUGGGUCUGUUUGAGCAGCAAAUGCAACAGCUGGAGAAGAGCAUUGAACCCGGUCUUACCAAGUAUCUGUGGCUGAGUGGAGGGGCGUCCACCCUCUUCGUCCAAGAGUGUCUCUCACAUGUGGAGAAGAUCCAGGUGAUGGUCAGCAGUUACUCCCAAUCCAAACUCUCCAUCUCCAGCCUCUGUGAGGAGAUCAGCCAAACACUGCUGCUCACUUUAGACAGCAAGACUUUGUACGGGAGCGGGCAGUUUGAGGAGGAGCAGAAGCUCCAUCGGCAGCUGUGCCUCCAAAAGCUCAGAUCAGCACACAAGAACAUCGUUGACCUCAUGGCCAACAUCUACAGCAACUUUGCCAACGAUGGUGCCAAGGUUCAGGAGCACUGGAUGGCCUUCACAGAGAAGGUGGACCAAAUGGUGGAGAGAGCUCUAACCAUUGCUGUCACAGACUCCAUGAAGAAGCUCUCCGCUGUCGUCAACGGCAACAGCCACACUGUUUUCAGAGUGCUGGUGGAACUGUCCCAGCCGUCGCCUCCAAACAAGCCAAAGAUGCAGUUCUCUCCAACCCUGAGCAAACUCGCGGAGAUCGUAAAGAUCCUGCCUCAGCUCGCCCACAUGGUCUCAGAAUUUAAGAGGCUCCCAGAACUUCUGUGCGGCAGACGCUCGGAGAUGAAUCCCAUACACGUCAAUUUAGAGCAAGAUGUGAACAUUAAAAAGAUUCAGGCUCAGGUCACUGCAGGGAUGGUAGCCAACGCCCAGCAGCUGCAGGCCUCUCUGAAGAGCUGGGAGAAGUACAGGCCCAUCUGGCUGCCCGACAAAGACAUGAUGAUCCAGGCGUACAACAAACCCGACCAGAAAGCUUCUGAUUUUGACACCAGCAUUCAGAGAUACUUGGAGUACGCCGAGAACGCAGAACACGAGGAGACGCUGCUCAAGAUGCAGUUUGUGAUGCUGGACUUCUCCCCGCUGAAGCUGUCCAUCAUGCAGCACUGCCACAUGUGGCAGACCAAGUUCACGCAGCUGCUGGGCGGGCUGGCCAGCUCUAACCUCACAGGGCUUUACGCCUACAUGGACGACAACGUUAAGAGAUUGGGACAACCGCCUCAGACGCUGGAGGAGCUUGAAGAACACUCAAAGCUGCUGGAGACUCUCCAGAGGAACUCCGCUAAGACAGAAGCUCAGAUUAAGCUCAUCCAGGAGGAGUUUGCCGUCCUCCAGAAAUACGACGAGGCCGUGGAGAACCCUCUCAGUGACGCGGUCCAGAACAUGUAUGAAAGCCUGGCUGAGAAGUGGCUUUGGUUCCAGCAGGUUCUGAUUGACGCUGAAGGCUUUCUGGAGGAGCACAGGAAAUCGUUUGCAAACAGCCUGGUCCUCUCCUCGGAGAAGCUGCAGAAGAAGAUCCAGGCGGCUGUGCAGGACUUCCACCACAAAGGUCCAUUUUCCAGCACCCUGAGUUCAGCUUCUGCUCUGGAAGAAAUCGCAAAACAUCGCAAGAACAUAGAAGCUCUAAAGCAGAAGGAGACGAGCAUCAUUAACAAGAUGGCCUUCUUCCAAAUCGAAGACGAACCCUCCAAAAGUAUCCAGCUGUUGGAAAAGACUUUAGAUAAACUGCAGCAGGUCUGGGAGAUCACAGAGGAGUGGAACCAAAACUGGAACCAGUGGAAGCUGGGCCAGCUGGCCUCGCUGCAGAAGGAGAGCAUGGAGAACGCCGCGCAGGACAUGCUCAAGAAGCUGCACGUGCUCCAGAGAGAGCUGAAGGACGAGGAGUGGGAGAUCGUCGAUGACUCCAAGAAGAGGAUCGAGCGCUUCAAACAGAUCCUCCCCGUCCUCGCUCAUCUGAGGAACCCCGCCAUGAGGGACAGGCACUGGAAGCAGAUCGCAGAGGAGCUGCAAUGUCCUCUGGACCCGACCAGCGCCGACUUCACCCUGGAGAAGAUCGUCUCUCAAAGCUUUCACACUUUUGCCGACAAAAUUAGCGACAUCUCAGGAGCUGCCAGCAAGGAGCUCUUCAUCGAGCAGGCUCUGGAGAACUUCACAAAGACGUGGGAGAAAAUCUUUCUGGACAUAAUUCCUUACAAAGACGAAGGACACCUCCACCUCAGAGCCACGGAGGAGAUCUUCCAGACACUGGACGACAACCAGGUGACUCUGUCGACCAUGAAGGCGUCGCGGUUCGUCAGGGCCUUCCAGCAGCAGGUGGAUCAGUGGGAAAGGCAGCUGUUCCUCGUGCAGGAGGUCCUGGAGAUGAUCCUGGCCGUGCAGAGGAACUGGAUGUAUUUGGAGAAUAUUUUACAAGGAAAGGACAUCAAGAAUCAGCUUCCUCAGGAGUGCAAAGACUUCCAGGCCCUGAGUGAUUCCUGGAAAGGAUUAAUGACGCAUCUGCAUCAGAACAACAACGCUUUAACAGGAACGCAACACCCUGGGUUGCUGGAGAAGCUGUCAGACAUGAGUGCAAAGAUGGAGGAAAUCCUCAAAGCGCUGGACAUGUACCUGGAAACCAAGAGGCAGAUCUUCCCCCGGUUCUACUUCCUGUCCAACGACGAAAUCCUGGAGAUCCUGGGACAGUCGCAGAACGUCGACGCCUUGCAGCCUCACCUGAAGAAAUGCUUCGACAACAUCAGGCGGCUGGAGCUGGACAAGAGCAGUGGAACUAAAGCUAAAGCCAUGGUCUCUGCUGACGGGGAGUCUGUGGCUUUCACACAGCCGGUUCUGCUGGACAAACCCGUGGAGGUGUGGCUGUGUGACGUUGAACGAGCCAUGAAAGCUUCAGUGAAGAACUCUCUGAACGGAUGCCUCACAGACCUGAAGAAAGUGACGGGUUCUAGAGAGAAGUGGGUCAGAGACUGGCCGGGACAGAUGGUGAUCACAGCCAGUCAGAUCCAGUGGACCUCUGACGUCACUAAAGCUCUCAUCGCCUGCAAGGAGAGUGGAGACAACAACGCCCUGAGGUCAAUGAAGAAGAAGCAGCUCUCCCUUCUCAAGUGUUACCUGGAGAUGAUUCGUAAGACUUUGCCCAAAGUCCUGCGUCUGAAGGUGGUGGCGCUCGUCACCGUGGAGGUCCACGCCCGGGACGUCAUCGACCAGCUGGGCAGGGCGGGCUGCGAUGACGUCAACGCCUUCGAGUGGCUCUCCCAGCUGCGACUGUACAGGAGGAAAGAGAAGGACGACUACAAUUUUAUCAUCCAACAAACCAACACGACUUUCAAAUACGGCUGUGAAUACCUGGGUAACUCUGGCCGGCUCGUCAUCACCCCUCUCACUGACAGGUGCUACAUGACCCUGACCACGGCGCUCCAUCUGCACCGGGGAGGCUCCCUGAUCGGUCCUGCCGGCACAGGGAAGACGGAGACGGUGAAGGACCUGGGCAAGGCUCUGGCCACGUACGUCAUCGUGGUCAACUGCUCCGAAGGGCUGGAUUACAAAUCCAUGGGACGCAUGUUUUCUGGACUGGCUCAGACGGGAGCAUGGGGGUGCUUCGACGAGUUCAACCGCAUCAACGUGGAGGUGCUGUCAGUGGUCGCCCAGCAGAUCCUCUCCAUCCUGGCCGCCAUCUCCGCCGGGCUCAGCCGCUUCCAGUUCGAGGGGCAGAACAUCUCUCUGGUGCCGUCGUUCGGCGUCUUCAUCACCAUGAACCCUGGGUACGCCGGACGCACCGAGCUUCCCGACAACCUGAAGUCGAUGUUUAGGCCCAUCUCCAUGGUGGUUCCGGACUCUGCCGUGAUUGCGGAGAUCCUGCUGUUUGCCGAAGGCUUCAGCAAUUGCAAGGUUCUGGCUAAGAAGGUCUUCACGUUAUACUCCCUGGCUGUGCAGCAGCUGUCCAAGCAGGACCACUACGACUUCGGUCUCCGCGCUCUCACCUCGCUGCUCCGCUUCGCCGGGAGGAAGCGCCGUGGUUCUCCAGAGUUCCCUGAUGAGGAAGUGCUGCUGAUGGCCAUGAAGGACAUGAACAUCGCUAAGCUGAGCUCUGCUGACCUUCCUCUGUUCAGCGGGAUCAUCCAGGACUUGUUCCCCGCCGUGGAAACUCCUGUGAUAGACAACCAGAAGCUGAAGGAAGCGGUGGAGCUGGAGCUCCGUCAGAGCGGUUUGCAGGUCACUCCCUUCACCGUCACGAAAGUCCUUCAACUCUAUGAGACCAAGAACUCCCGGCACUCCUCCAUGCUGGUGGGGAAGGCCGGCAGCGGGAAGAGCGUCACCUGGAGGACCCUGCAGAAUUCCCUCACCGCGCUUUACAACCAGAACCAGCCCGGCUUUCAGCAGGUCCAGGUGUUUCCUCUGAACCCCAAAUCCAUGAGUCUGGGAGAGCUUUAUGGAGAAAAUGACCUUUCUACCAAUGAGUGGAAGGAUGGCGUUUUGUCUGCGCUCAUGAGGUCUGCUUGUGCAGAUGAAAAGCCCGAUGAGAAGUGGCUUCUGUUUGACGGACCCGUGGACACGCUGUGGAUCGAGAGCAUGAACUCUGUCAUGGAUGACAACAAGGUGCUCACUCUCAUCAACGGAGAGAGGAUCUCUAUGCCUGAGCAGGUGUCUCUUUUGUUCGAGGUGGAGAACCUGGCAGUGGCUUCUCCAGCGACAGUGUCCCGCUGUGGGAUCGUCUACAACGACUACGUUGAUCUGGGAUGGAGGCCUUUCGUUCAGUCUUGGCUGGACAAGCGAAACAAAGUUGAAGUGGAUCAUCUAAAGCGUUUGUUGGAAAAAUACUUGGAGAGCACGCUGGCUUUUAAGAAGACCCACUGUAAGGAGCUGAUUCCCAUCACUGAGCUGAACGGGGUCAUCUCCUUGUGCCGCCUGUACGACUCCGUGACUACAACCAGCAGAGGGGUCAGUCACUCAGACACAGAAAAGCUGGGAAGGGUGGUGGAGCUGUGGUUCGUCUUCAGCCUAAUCUGGUCCGUCUGUGCCUCCGUGGACGAGGACGGACGCAGGAAGAUGGACCACUUCCUGCGAGACAUGGAGGGCACCUUUCCUUUCAAGGAUACCAUCUAUGAGUAUUAUGUGGACCCAAACAGGGAAGCCUGGGUGCCCUUUGAGGACCAAGUCCCCAAAUUUUGGCCCUACAACAAUGAAACUCCCUUCUACAAGAUUAUAAUCCCAACGGUGGACACAGUCCGCUAUAACUUACUGGUCAAGGCUUUGGUGGCGGGUCAGAACCCCGUGCUGCUCACUGGGCCGGUCGGGACUGGAAAAACCUUGGUGGCUCAGAGCGUCCUGCAGGGCCUGGACCAGAACUGGACUUCCCUCACCAUCAACAUGUCUGCACAGACUUCCUCCAACAACGUUCAGGCGAUUGUGGAGAGCCGCCUGGAAAGGAGAUCCAAAGGGGCCUUGGUGCCAGCUGGUGGGAAGCAGCUGCUCUGCUUUCUGGACGACCUCAACAUGCCGGCCCUCGACCUGUUCGGCUCUCAGCCUCCGCUGGAGCUUCUGCGCCUGUGGAUGGACUACGGCUUCUGGUACGACCUGCAGAAACAAACUCCAAACUAUAUCAAGGGCAUGUUCCUGCUGGCCUCCAUGGGGCCCCCUGGUGGUGGGAGGACUCACAUCUCUGCCCGCUUACAGAGUCGCUUCAGCCUCGUCAAUAUGACCUUUCCUGAUAAGUCCCAGAUCAGGAGCAUUUAUGGCUCCAUGAUCCAGAAAAAGCUGCAAAAGUUUACGGAAGAGUUGCAGCCACUUGGAGAAACCCUGACUCUCGCCACCAUAGAGCUGUAUGAAGCUGUCAGAGGGGCUUUCCUCCCAACACCAUCCAAGAUACAUUAUCUCUUUAACCUCAGAGACAUAUCCAAGGUGUUUCAGGGUCUGUUGAGGGCCAGCCCAGACUUCCAUGAUAACAAAAACAGCAUCACAAGACUGUGGAUCCACGAGUGCUUCCGGGUUUUCUCAGAUCGACUCGUGAGCCGCAGCGACACCGACGCCUUUCUGGUUCUGCUGGAGGAAAAAGUGGCAUCUCACUUCAACGUCCCGCUCCACAGCAUUUGUCCCAACAAGCAAGCGCCAAUCUUUGGAGACUUCCUGACUCCAGAGUCCGGCUAUGUGGACAUUGUGGACAUGAAGGUUCUGAAGACGUUCAUGGAGUCGCAGCUGGAGGAUUACAACAUGACUCCUGGAAUGGUUCCCAUGAAUCCUGUGUUGUUUCAGGAUGCCAUCGAGCACAUAACUCGUGUGGUGCGCGUCAUCAGUCAGCUCAGAGGAAACAUGUUCCUCAUCGGCAUUGGCGGCUCCGGCAGGCAGAGUCUCUCCAAGAUCGCCGCCUUCAUCUGCGGGUACCGGCUUUUCCAGGUGGAGGUCACCAAGCAGUACCGCAAGCAGGAGUUCAGGGAAGACAUUAAGAAGCUUUACCGCCUCACUGGAGUAGAAAACAAGCCCACGGUCUUCCUGUUCAGCGACACUCAGAUCGUAGACGAAUCCUUCCUGGAGGACAUCAACAACAUCCUGAGCUCAGGCGAGGUGCCGAACCUCUACAAGUCAGAUGAGUUUGUUGAGGUGUGCCGCGCUCUGUCAGACUCCGCCAGGAAGGACAACGUUCCAGAAACUCCUGAGGCUCUAUUCAGCUACCUGAUCGAGAGAGUCCGGAACAACCUGCACAUCGUUCUCUGCGUGAGUCCAGUGGGAGAACAGUUCAGGAAGCGCAUCCUGCAGUACCCGGCCAUUGUUAACUGCACCACCAUCGACUGGUUCUCUGAGUGGCCCAAAGACGUGCUGCUGGAGGUCGCUGAGAGAUAUUUGGAUGGACUCCUGCCAGAGUUGCUGGAGGGGAUCAAGACGAAGGUCGCCAGCGUCUUUGUGACCAUGCACCAGUCAGUGGAACAGGUGUCUGAAAGGAUGAAGCUGGAGCUCAGGAGGCAUAACUAUGUGACGCCUAACAACUACCUGGAGCUAGUUUCUGGAUAUAAGAAGCUUCUAACAGAGAAACACAGUGAGGUGGGGGAGCAGGUGGGCAAGCUUCGCAGUGGCCUUUUUAAAAUCGACGACACUCAGGAGAAGGUGAAGGCCAUGUCUGUGGAGCUGGAGGAGGCCAAGAAGCAGGUGGCCCAGUUCACUAAGGAAUGUGAGGAGUACCUCUCCCACAUCCUGCAGCAACAGGAAGAGGCUGCAAAUCAGCAGAAGGCAGUGACUGAUCACAGUGAGAAAAUUGCCGCUGAGGAGACGCAGUGUAAGUUCAUGGCUGAAACCGCACAGAGGGAUCUGGACAAAGCUCUUCCCGCCCUGGAAGCCGCCUUGAAGGCUCUGGAGUCUCUGAAUAAGAAAGACUUGACAGAGAUGAAGUCCUACGACCGUCCUCCGGCGCUGGUGGAGACGGUGAUGCAGGCCGUCAUGACCCUGCUGGGAAAAAGCCCCUCAUGGGCCGAUGCAAAGAAAGAGCUGGGUGACACCAACUUCAUCAAGACUCUGGUUAACUUUGACAAGAACCGAAUCACAGACCAGGUAUUGAAGAAGAUCGGCACCUUCUGCAGACAGAAGGAUUUCCAACCGGAAACUGUCGGCAGAGUCUCCCUGGCUGCCAAGUCUCUGUGCAUGUGGGUCAGAGCCAUGGAGGUGUAUGGUCACGUCUACAGGGAGGUGGAGCCAAAGCGGGCCCAGCUGAACGCCGCCAAAGCCCAGCUGGCGGACAAACAGGCAGCACUGUCCGACUCGCAAAACAAACUGCGAGAGGUGGGGGAGAGGCUGGAGGAGCUGAAACGGCAGUACGGGGAGAAGGAGGUCAUGAGGGAGAGCCUGAGAAAGAAGUCAGAGGAGAUGGAGGUGAAACUGGACCGAGCCGCCAAACUGGUGACGGGACUGGCUGGAGAGAAGAUCCGCUGGGAGGAGAGAGUGAAGGGACUUGAAAAAGACAUUCAUUUCCUGGUGGGGGACUGCCUGCUGGCGGCAGCUUUCCUCUCCUACAUGGGACCCUUCCUUUCCAGUUACAGAGACGAGCUGCUGAACGUCUGGAUGACAGAGAUCCAGACUGUGGAAAUCCCCUGCUCUCCUACGUUCAGCUUUGCUGCCUUCCUCUCCAAACCCACCGCCGUGAGAGACUGGAACAUUCAGGGCCUGCCCUCAGACGCCUUCUCCACUGAGAACGGGGUCAUCAUCACCCGUGGAAACCGAUGUCCGUUAAUCAUUGACCCUCAAGGUCAAGCUCUGAAGUGGAUCAAAAAUAUGGAAGCAGAGAAGGGUCUGAAGGUUAUAGAGUUCGGAAUGGCGGAUUACCUGCAGGUCCUGGAAAAUGCCAUCCAGUUUGGAAACCCCGUUUUGCUGCAGAAUGUCCAGGAAGAACUGGAUCCUUCUCUUAACCCCGUUCUCAACAAAUCCCUGACGUGUAUAGGCGGCAGCUUGCUACUGAAGCUGGGAGACAAAGAAGUGGAAUACAAUCCAGACUUCCGGUUUUACAUCACCACCAAGCUGUCGAACCCCCACUACACCCCCGAGGUGUCAGCCAAGACUACCAUCGUCAACUUUGCUAUCAUGGAGCAGGGUCUGGAAGCCCAGCUGCUGGGAAUUGUGGUGCGGAAGGAGCGUCCGGAGCUGGAGGAGCAGAAGGACACUCUGGUGAUCAGCAUUGCUGCUGGGAAGAAAAGCCUCCAAGACUUGGAGGACGAGAUCCUCAGACUGCUGAACGAGGCGACUGGCUCCCUGCUGGACGACCCGCAGCUGGUGAACACCCUCCAGACAUCCAAGGAGACCUCCGCCAAAGUCUCUGAGAACCUGGAGAGGAGCGAACAGACCGAGCAGAAGAUCGACUCUGCCAGAGAGGCCUAUCGACCGUGCGCCCAGAGGGCGUCCCUCCUCUUCUUCAUUCUCAACGACAUGGGCUGCCUGGACCCCAUGUACCAGUUCUCUCUGGACGCUUACAUUGAGCUCUUUAACCUCAGCAUCGAGAAGAGCGCCUUCAGCGAGAAGCUGGAAGAAAGAAUCGGCAGCCUCAACAGCUACCACACAUACGCCGUCUACAGGACCACGUGUCGCGGUCUAUUCGAGGCCCACAAGCUGCUCUUCAGCUUCCACAUGUGCGCUAAAAUCCUGCAGGCCGCCAGCAAACUCGCCCUGGAUGAAUACAACUUCUUCCUACGAGGAGGACUGGUUCUGGACCGCAGCAACCAGAUGAACAACCCCUGCAGCAGCUGGCUGCCGGACUCCUGCUGGGACAACAUCACCGAGCUGGACAAGCUGUUCCGCCUCUGCGGCAUCGUUUCCUCAUUCCAGCUGAGUUCUCGAAAGUGGAACGCUUGGUUCAUCAGCGCCGAGCCGGAGAACUCGCCGCUUCCAGACAACUUGGACAGCAAAUGCACUCCGUUCCUGAAGAUGCUGAUCGUGCGCUCGCUGCGUCCGGACCGCGUCUCCUUCUGCAUCACCUCCUUCAUCAUUCAAAACCUCGGGAGCCGCUUUGUGGAGCCGCCUCCUCUGGACAUGAAGGAGGUUGUGGAGGAGUCCACUAGUUGUACUCCUCUGAUUUUUGUUCUUUCUCCGGGAGUGGAUCCCACCGGAGCACUGGUGCAGCUGGCAGACUCCUCCGGCAUGACUCAGCACUUCCACGCCCUGUCUCUCGGUCAGGGACAGGCCCCCAUCGCCAAAAAACUGAUUGAGGAGGGCGUGAAGAAUGGUCACUGGGUUUUCCUCGCCAACUGCCACCUCUCUCUGUCCUGGAUGCCGGAGCUGGACGAGCUGAUCAAGCGGCUGCAGCUGCUCAAGCCCCACCCAAACUUCCGGCUGUGGCUCAGCUCCUCUCCACACCCCGAGUUUCCCAUCACCAUCCUCCAGGCUGGGAUCAAGAUGACCACCGAGCCGCCGAAGGGCAUGAAAGCAAACAUGAUGCGGCUGUUCAAGCUGGUGACGGAAACUCAGUUCAGCCGCUGCUUCAAAGCCGGGCCCUACAGGAAGCUCCUCUUCUCCCUCUGCUUCUUCCACAGCCUCCUGCAGGAGAGGAAGAAGUUCCAGCAGCUGGGCUGGAACGUGGUGUACGACUUCAAUCAUUCCGACUUUGAGGUGAGCGAGAACCUGCUCUGCUUCUACCUGGACAAAUACGAACACACUCCCUGGGACGCCCUCAAGCACCUGAUCGCUGACAUCAUCUACGGCGGCCACGUCACCGACCAGUGGGACAGACGCCUCCUGACCACGUACAUGGACGACUUCUUCUGUGACGCCGCCGUAACGCAGCCGCUCUACAAGUUGUCUAGCUUACCGACCUACGUCAUCCCCGCUGAGGGGCCGCAGCACUCCUACAGGCUCCACAUCCAGGCGCUGCCGUCCACUGAGCACCCCGAGCUGUUCGGCCAGCACCCCAACGCGGACAUCGCCAGCCAGAUCGCCGAGACCAAGACGCUGUUCGACAACCUGCUGUCCAUGCAGCCGCAGUUCAGCAGCAGCAGCACCUCCGGGGGGGCACAGCCCACCAAGGAGGACGCGGUCUUAGAGUUGAUAAAGGAAAUCUGUGGAAAAAUCCCGGCACAGAUCGACUACGAGGCGACCAGAACCCGUCUGCAGGACUCCUGCUCUCCGCUCAACGUGGUUCUCCUGCAGGAGAUCGAGAGAUACAACUCACUACUGGAAACCAUCAUGUCGUCUUUGCUGGAGCUGGAGAACGGAAUCAAAGGCUUCGUGGUGAUGUCGUCCAGGAUGGAGCAGACGUUCACCUGCAUCUACGAGGGCCGUGUUCCUCCACUGUGGCAGAAGGCUUACCCCUCGCUGAAGCCUUUGGCAGCGUGGACCAGAGAUCUGCACCAGCGAGUCGCCCAGUUUGGGCAGUGGGCAAACACAACCCAGCCCCCUACCUUGUUUUGGUUGUCCGGCUUCACCUCUCCUAAUGGUUUCCUCACUGCUGUCCUGCAGUCCUACGCUCGCCAAUAUAACGUGUCAGUGGACACUCUGUCCUGGGAGUUCAUAGUUUCCACUUUGGAUGACAAAAACCUGAUUUCUCCUCCUACGGAUGGGGUGUUUGUCCAGGGUUUGUUCCUGGAGGGGGCCAGCUGGGACAUACAGAACUGCUGCCUGGUAGAACCUGCCCCCAUGCAGAUGGUCUGUCCCAUUCCUGCCAUCCAUUUCAAACCAGUGAAGAGGCGCAGGAAAGUGUCUAAAAGUACGUACCUGUGCCCAUGUUACUACUACCCAGUGCGAGCUGGCAAAGGGUCAUUUGUGGUUGGAGUUGAGCUGGGAUCUGGAGCUGAGACUCCAGAGCACUGGAUCAAGAGAGGAACGGCACUUCUAAUGAGUCUGGACAACUAA